CAGACAAAAUCUCUCACUUCCCUGUCUCUUUGAAUCUCUCUUGUGUUCAAACAAAGACGAUGUCGAGGAUGAGAACUUCUUACCUGAAACCACCGCUUCCCAAAUCCCCCCUCCGUCUCCGAUCACGCCAAGUCCUCUCAAACUCCUCUUCAUCAUCGAUUCUCCGAACACCACCAGGACUCGCGAAGUUCCAGAAGCCGGAUCUGGAGUCGAAGCUCCCGGUCGAGUACUCAUCGAUCUCAAGCGAGAUCCACGCGAUGGCGAAGAUGGUGGAGAAAGAGUUCGCUCAAGAAGAAGUGAAAUCCAGAGCCUCGAGUCUGGAGCACGUGGCUGCGAACUCGGAGGUGGCUCCGGUGUUCGAGAGAGGGAGGUUCUACGAUGAGUAUUCAGCAAGGAGGAACGAGAGGCUGAGGAGGAAGAAAGGAGGAGAUGAUUCUGUAGUCAAAGGAACUCCUUACAAUCUCGGAGUCGAGCCUAUGACGACUAAGAGGAGAGGAACGGUUAAGAAGAAGACGACGAUGGUUGAGACGACGGCGCCGAGGUAUUCUCUGAGGAGCAUGAAGAAGGAGAACAAGAAGCCUCCGAUUCCUUUGAAUGUUGAUGUUAGUGCGAUGAAGACUGUCACUGCUACUACCAGGAGGGGUAGGAGGAUCUGAUGUUGAUGUUUUAUUAUUGUGUGAAAUUGAAAUUUGAGGUUUUGAUUUCUACAACUCUGUUUUUAGUAUUGUUGUUUUGCUUGAGGGAUUUGGAUUAUUGAAAGUUCUUUGCUU